AUGCUCUGCUUCACUGGUCUCCGCUCCUACGUCUUCCUGGGUCUUACGCUUGCUGCUACCACACGAGCGGCCACAUACUCCGUCACGGACACCUUCCAGGGUACCGCUUUCUUCAACGACUUUGACUACGAAGCGAUCGCGGACCCCACACACGGAUUGGUAGAUUACGUUGAUCUUGCCGACGCUCAGAGCUUGGGACUUGCGACCGUAUCUGGAAACAACUUCUUCCUGCGUGCGGAUCACACGACUACCUUGACGAACGGAGCCGGCCGCAAGUCUGUGCGCAUACAGAGCAAGAAGCAGUGGGACAACCAUGUAUCCGUAUACAACGUCCUUCACAUGCCGCAGGGUUGUGGUACUUGGCCCGCCAUCUGGGAGAACGGUAACAACUGGCCGAAUGGCGGUGAGAUAGACAUCGUCGAGGGGGUGAACGACGUCACGCCAGAUGCCACGACUCUCCACACCAGCGCCGGAUGCACAAUGGCCUCCUCGCGUUCCAUGACCGGCACCGCGACAGGCACCGACUGCAAUGCCGCGGCGAACGGUAACGCAGGAUGUGGCGUGCACAUCUCGGACGCCAACUCAUACGGUCCGGCUUUCAACGCCAACGGCGGUGGCUGGUACGCCAUGGAGCGAACCGACACCUUCGUCAAGGUCUGGUUCUGGCAAAGAACCGACUCAUCCGUACCCGCGGAUGUGAAGAAUGGCGCCAGCAGCAUCAACACGAGCAAUUGGGGCACUCCGGACGCUUACUUCCCGAACACGUCGUGCGAUAUCGGUUCCAAGUUCGGGCCUGCGAACAUCAUCAUCAACUUGACCUUCUGCGGCGAUUGGGCGGGCGCCGUGUACAGCUCGAACGGCUGUCCCAGCACUUGCACUGACUACGUGAGCAACAACCCGAGCGCUUUCUCAAACGCUUUCUUCGAGAUUGGAUCCAUCCAUGUCUACCAGUGA